AGUCAUUACCACUCACACUGUACUUCCAGGGAGACACCGAUUAUGAGAAGAGAAACUCAGCGCUGGGGAAGAAGAAAUGUUCUCGGAAAUACUAUUGUAGUCAAAUUGUGAUUUGUUGUUGGUAAAUUCCUUUUAUCAUCUGAGAUGCCUUCCAGUAAAUGAAAUGCAACUGGGAGAAAAUUAAGUUUCAAUUACAAAUGGAAGCAUUGCUGAUUUGUACACAUGAAAGGGACCUGAUAGAUCUCAAGUCUGUCUGUGCCGUAUAGCUGCACAGACUGCCUGAAGUUACAUUUAGAGACUGAAAUCACUGCACCUUAAAAACAAAAGAUUGAGCUGCACUGCAUCCCCGCUGAUUCACCAUCACUAACUGAAUAUUCCUCUCACGACAUUGCUGCCUGCAGUGGCUGGCACUUUUCCUCCACGUUUUGAGAGCAAGAGAAUUGGCUGGAAUAAAACCUUGCUUUCCAUAUGGUCAACUUGAAAUACUGCAUAGAAAAGGUAUCGUCUCUUCUUCUUUUCUGAAACCAGAGUUCCUUGACCAUCAGUCUGUGGCCUGCCCCUUCUCUUUAUAUGCAGUCACUCUCUGUCCCCUGCCCCAAUGAACAUCUGCACUAGGCCCAAGCCUUGGAGUGACUUACCUGAAGAGUGACACCAUUUAUUUGGAAACUACUAUGAGGAAACUGAAGCCCAGAGAGGUGAAGUGAGGUGCCCAAGGCCACACAGCAAGUUAGAGGCACAGCUAGUACCGUAGCUCAAGUCUCCUGACUCCCAGUCCAGUGCUCCUCCCAUUACUCCACGGGUCCUGUCUCUAAGCUUCCUGACAAAUGCUAGAACGGAAGAAACCCAAGACAGCUGAAAACCAGAAGGCAUCUGAGGAGAAUGAGAUUACUCAGCCGGGUGGAUCCAGCGCCAAGCCGGGCCUUCCCUGCCUGAACUUUGAAGCUGUUUUGUCUCCAGACCCGGCCCUCAUCCACUCAACACAUUCACUGACAAACUCUCACGCUCACACCGGGUCAUCUGAUUGUGACAUCAGUUGCAAGGGGAUGACCGAGCGCAUUCACAGCAUCAACCUUCACAACUUCAGCAAUUCCGUGCUCGAGACCCUCAACGAGCAGCGCAACCGUGGCCACUUCUGUGACGUGACGGUGCGCAUCCACGGGAGCAUGCUGCGCGCACACCGCUGCGUGCUGGCUGCCGGCAGCCCCUUCUUCCAGGACAAGCUGCUGCUGGGCUACAGCGACAUCGAGAUCCCAUCCGUGGUGUCAGUGCAGUCGGUGCAAAAGCUCAUUGACUUCAUGUACAGCGGCGUGCUGCGCGUCUCGCAGUCGGAAGCGCUACAGAUACUCACGGCCGCCAGCAUCCUGCAGAUCAAAACAGUCAUCGAUGAGUGCACGCGCAUAGUGUCCCAGAAUGUGGGCGAUGUGUUCCCGGGGAUCCAGGACUCGGGCCAGGACACGCCGCGGGGCACUCCCGAGUCAGGCACCUCGGGCCAGAGCAGCGACACCGAGUCAGGGUACCUGCAGAGCCAUCCGCAGCACAGCGUGGACAGGAUCUACUCCGCGCUGUACGCAUGCUCCAUGCAGAAUGGCAGUGGCGAGCGCUCCUUCUACAGCGGUGCGGUGGUUAGCCACCACGAGACUGCGCUCGGCCUUCCCCGAGACCACCACAUGGAAGACCCCAGCUGGAUCACUCGCAUCCACGAGCGCUCACAGCAGAUGGAGCGCUACCUCUCCACCACCCCCGAGACCACGCACUGCCGCAAGCAGCCCAGGCCUGUGCGCAUCCAGACCCUGGUGGGUAAUAUCCACAUCAAGCAGGAGAUGGAGGACGAUUACGACUACUAUGGGCAGCAAAGGGUGCAGAUCUUGGAGCGCAAUGAAUCCGAAGAGUGCACGGAAGACACCGACCAGGCCGAGGGCACCGAGAGUGAGCCCAAGGGCGAAAGUUUCGACUCGGGUGUCAGCUCCUCCAUAGGCACCGAGCCUGACUCCGUGGAGCAGCAGUUCGGGCCUGGGGCAGCUCGGGACGGCCAGGCUGAACCCGCCCAGCCUGAGCAGGCUGCAGAAGCCCCUGCGGAGGGCGGCCCGCAGCCCCACCAGCCAGAGACAGGUGCCUCCUCUCCAGAAAGAAGCAACGAGGUGGAGAUGGACAAUACAGUCAUCACUGUCAGCAACAGCUCUGACAAAAGCAUCCUGCAGCAGCCUUCAGUCAACACGUCCAUCGGGCAGCCAUUGCCAAGUACCCAGCUCUACUUACGCCAGACAGAAACCCUCACCAGCAACUUGAGGAUGCCUCUGACCUUGACCAGCAACACACAGGUCAUUGGCACAGCCGGCAACACCUACCUGCCGGCCCUCUUCACUACCCAGCCCGCGGGCAGCGGCCCCAAGCCUUUCCUCUUCAGCCUGCCACAACCCCUGGCAGGUCAGCAGACCCAGUUUGUGACAGUGUCCCAGCCCGGCCUGUCGACCUUUACUGCACAGCUGCCAGCGCCACAGCCCCUGGCCCCAUCUGCAGGCCACAGCACAGCCAGUGGGCAGGGCGAAAAAAAGCCUUAUGAGUGCACUCUCUGCAACAAGACUUUCACCGCCAAACAGAACUACGUCAAGCACAUGUUUGUACACACAGGUGAGAAGCCCCACCAAUGCAGCAUCUGCUGGCGCUCCUUCUCCUUAAAGGAUUAUCUUAUCAAGCACAUGGUGACACACACAGGAGUGAGGGCGUACCAGUGUAGCAUCUGCAACAAGCGCUUCACCCAGAAGAGCUCUCUCAAUGUGCACAUGCGCCUCCACCGGGGGGAGAAGUCCUAUGAAUGCUACAUCUGCAAAAAGAAGUUCUCCCACAAGACCCUCCUAGAGCGACACGUGGCCCUGCACAGUGCCAGCAACGGGACCCCUCCCGCAGGCACGCCCCCCGGAGCCCGCGCUGGCCCCCCAGGGGUGGUGGCCUGCACGGAGGGGACCACUUACGUCUGCUCCGUCUGUCCCGCAAAGUUUGACCAAAUUGAGCAGUUCAACGACCACAUGAGGAUGCACGUGUCUGACGGAUAAGUAGUAUCUUUCUCUCUUUCUCAUGAACAACACAAAAGAAACAAACACACACACAAAAGCUAUGGCACUAGAAUUUAAGAAAUGUUUUGGUUUCGUUUUUACUUUCUCAUUUUUGUUUUUGUUUUGUUUCAUUUUGUACUACAUGAAGAACUGUUUUUUGCCUGCUGGUACAUUACAUUUCCGGAGGCUCGGGUAAAUAAUAGUUUUCCCAGCCUCCCUCGGAUGGUGGCCUUAAGGCCUGGUAGUGCUUCAAGAGGUCCACUGGUUGGAUCUCUAGCUACUGGCCUCUAAAUACAACCCUUCUUUACAAAAAAAAAAUAUUUUAAAAAAAGUAAAAAAAAAUUUUUUUUUCACUUGUGAAGAGCACUACAAAAAUAUAUAACAAAAUCUAAAAGGCCGACUGUCUUUAAGUACACCGCUUGCAGUGUUUCAGUGGACAUUUUCACAAUUCUGGCCGCUUGGACUUCACAGUAACCAGUUAAAACUGUGGAAUGUCACUUCUGGUUGAAAACCCAGAGGAAAGGCCCUGCUGUUUCCACCUACCACGAUGUCUGAUUUCAUAAAAGGGCUGUGGAGGCGGGAAGGGGCAGUGGGUUUGGUGAUGUGGGAAAGGCGAACGGCAGGCUUCUCCCCAGCUUCUGCCCAGGUCCACACACCCUGGCCCACCUCCUCCAUGUCCCCGCUUUCAGCAGAAGCCAGGAAGACGUGGACAAGCAUCAAGCAACAGUGGCUAUCGUAUUUAUUCAGUGUCUUCGCUGAGCCACAGCCUCAGCACAAUCAAGAGGGACUUUCAUGAAAGGCAGGAAUGCAGAUAAAACAAAGAUAUCAGAGGUUUGCACCUACGUUUCUAGGUACAAGAGAAGGAUUAUUUCCAACAAUCUUUGCAAAAAAAAAAAACAAAAACAAAAAAGUCAGGAUAUAUUCUUGUGGAGAGAAAAAGAAAGAGGAAUGGAGGGUGGGGGGAAUAAUAAAAAGUUCUUGAGGCUUUUUUAAUUCAAAAUUUUAUAGAGGGGCAAAAGUGACGUUUACCAGAUAGAAUGCUGAUUUUUUUAAUAUAUUUACAACAGUAUUUGUGUAAAAAAAAACAAAAAAGUGAGAUUGUUAAAAGUCAUUUUUUUCCAUUUUGGGUUUGCAUACACUGCCACCAAUCCCUUCUCUUUUAUUUUAUUUCACACACAUAUAUAUAUUUUUUGGUAAGUCAAGACUGUUAAGGUUAGCGAUACUGCUUCCAGAUAGAAAGAAUAAAAGGCAAUUAUAGUUAUAUUUGAAAGAGAGGAAGGAUAUUUUCUUCAUAUUUUUUUUAAUUUUUCUUAAUUUUUAUUUUAAGUAUUGCCUGGGUUGAUGAGGGCCCCUGGGCCCGCCCAUCCCUGCUGUAAUUUGAACUGCUGCUUUGUAUUUUGAUAUGUAGUUCCUUGACUUUUAGCAAGCUUAGGUUGCUCCACUGAAUAUUUCGUUCAAAUGAUCCAUUUAGAACUCUGUUCUUUUUCAUGGGAGGGACUUCAGCUUUCAGAAAUAGAUUUCUUGGUUCUCUAAAAGUUCAUUGAUUCUAGGAUUUCUAUUGACUUUUCUUUUUUCUUUGAUGAAACACUAGUGGGUUAGAGGUCUUGACAAAUGGACUCUUUCCCUUUGUGGUCAGCCCGGAGGAGGAGUUCACCAGACUCUGCCGUAGCUCCUCACCCUUCACAGCUACAGAGAGCAGAGAUAUCCAAAACCUGUUGCAGAGCAGGACGCCUUGAUGCCAAAAUUACUUUCUUCCUUUCAAAUAUUACCUUCCAACUAUUUACACCAUGGUUGAGAGGGCAAAGUAAGAUGAUCGUUCUUUAGUUGAUUUAUUAACCUUUGCUUUUUGGAAAGGUUUUAAAGAAAGGAACAAAAAUUUCCCAGAUGCCAACAUCCAUCAUUCAAAGGCCACCAAUCCACUGCAUCAUCCUAGGUGCCACUCUCUCUUCCUAGUUGGGAUUUCUCUCCUCAGUCCUGAUCAAGAUAUUAUAAUAGAGAUUUUCCCAUUUGCACCAGACAGUGUCUGGAAGGGAUUCCAACUCCAAUGUAGAGUUUUUAAACCUAUCAGAAAUGCCAAAGGUGAUUACAUUGCUGGGCAUAUGUUUAACACACUUAAGAGGAAAAUUAGUACUCCAAACAAAGCAGAAACACCAAACUAGAAUUUUAAAAGAGAAGAAAAUAGAAUAUUUUAGUUUUAAAAUUACUUCGUAUUUUAACUACUUUUUCUUUCAGCAACUUAUUUUCAAAAACUGUGCAGCAAAGGAAGUCUUCCAAGGGAAGCAACUCUGUAAUGACUAAAAUGGUUUUACCCAUAUAGUUUAGAUUUUUGGUUAAUUCGGAUCUUUUCCAGAAGUUCUCGUUGAUGUUUAGUAGAGUUAGUGCAGCUGGAGAAUAUGUGAGCUUGAUUCGUUCCCAUGGUCCUUAAUUCAGUAAAUAUUUUGCUAGAGGUUUUAAUGUACAUUCGGAUGGUUAAUUGACUGUUGUAUAUCACCCAUCAUGAUUUCUAAGUGGAGUCCUGCCAAGAACUGUGUGUCCAAAAUUGACCUGUUUUAAAAGUUAGUAAAAAACAGCUUCAGAACUAAGAAGAAGUCCACUCUUCUCUCGCUAAUUUGGCUUUUUAAAAUAGCAAUGUGGAAAGACUCUCUAUUUCCACUUAAUACCAACAGAGGGAGCAUCAGUUAAUUAACCAUGUCAUGGAACUCUUGAUAUUUUGAAAACAAGUUAUUCAGCCCACGAAAUAAAAAAGAAAAAAUUGACGUUAAAAGAAAAAAUUGUUUUAAUCUAGAGGGAAAUGACAUGAUAGCACUCAGCAUACAUUAUAAACGAACAAAGGCCAAAAGCCACUUUAAAAUAUUUUCAAUCAUUUCACAGUAGCUUUUAAAACUGUGUCCUUAUUUAAACCUUAGCAAAUUAGACAGAAUUCAUGAUACCUCCAGAAGACUUGAUCCUAGAUGAUGCCCUUAUGGGCCACACGUAGCUUUCUGCUUCUCAAAUUCAAAGGAGAUUCAUCUGCCUUAAUACUGAUUUGCCAUGUAAAAAGCUAAGCAAUUGGAUUAAGGAACAUGUAGGGGGAAAAGUUCCAACUGGGCUUGAAAAGCUAAUAUUCAUUCCUUCAAAGGAAGUAUCUCUUUUUUAAAAAUGUCGGAGGAUCCCUAAAGAAUUCUGGCAGGGUCGCGUUCUCAUUAUGACACCAUGGACCAUUCAAGUUUGCAUAGCUGUAGACUUUUCCUGCAUGUCUUCUUGUGCGUCUCUUCCUCCCAAACACCUCACAGCCCAACGCUGAUGACAGGUUGUUCUCUGGACAGAUGAAGAAGCUGGACUGGAGUGGAAGGUCUAAUCUGAAGGAGCUGUGUAACUGCUGCAGAGCCAUUGCCGUAUGUUCUGGCCUCUGAAAGGGCUGCUUUCCAAACUGAGCUACAUUCUAGAGCACAAACCAGUCAUUCCUAUUUCAAAAGGACAGAGGUGCUUUUAGGUGGCCAGUCUUUACUUUUAAAUAAUCACAGACAUCUUAGGAAAUGGGGAAACAUUUUGCUUCUAGAAUAGAAGAUGACCAUGAAUCCUUCUAUUUCUUGACUUCAGACCCAACAAUUGCCUUGCAUUUAGUGCUUCAUGCUAGGACACUACAAGUGCUAGGGAAGUUUUUGUCAGUAGCCGGGGAAAACGCGUAGGGAACAUGGAAGCAAGUGUCCCACAUUGAACAUCUCUUAGGCUGCGUAUGGGAUGAAUACAAGAACUGGUGUGGAAAUAACAUUUUUUAAGCAAUUUAUAAUUUUAAACUGGACUAGCUAAACAAAGGUAAGGAAAAUGUCAAAGAGGAAUAGGUAUCUCAAGGCAUUUAGAUACAGUUUAUGAAGAAAAAAAUUCCUAGCACUAAAAACUUGGUAGCAUCUCAGCAUAGCGGACUAUAUCCCCCCUAUUAAAUGGUAAUGUUUGUACCCCCAAAACCUCGAAUGUGUAAAAUAUAGCCUUAAAAAGGAAGGAAUUGGAACACAUGGAUCUGAAUGAGAACCCCCCCAUCUGAAAUACUUGCAUAUCAAAAUGUCUUUUAUUAUAUAUUAUAACUGACUCGUAAACUUUAGCUCUAAAUAAGAGUUUUAUGGACUUGCUCCUCCCCCGAUUUCUAGUGCUCUGACCCUGAGCCAUGAGAAACUCUGGUGGAUAACGUCGUGCUUCUGUCCCAGCUGCAGUGCAUUUCUUUCCCUCGGCAUCCUGGAGUCUCACUAGCUCCUGGUCUUAGAAAGAAUGAAUUGGAUCUGCUUUGUUUAGAAGUCAUAGGGGUCUUAUUUUGUGUCAUCCCAGUAUUCUACAAGGACCAAGAAAACCCUUUCCCAACAUAUGAACAGUUGGAAUCUGUGCAUUCUUAUGUGAACAGAGAAAGGGUUUCCUUGGGCUGUGUUUGUUUCACCUCAGUCCUAAUGGCCUCACCUACGUGUACUUCCAUCAUAAAAGCAAACCAGUAGCAUGUACCCAGCCCAUGCCCCAAAUUGGUGUUUUCUCUCAGCACAGAAGUUAAAAAUAACGUGUGCCCCCUGUAAGGCCCUCAGAUCCCCAAGGGAACACAGUAAAGGUUCAUGUUGCUUCCUGGUGUGGCUCCCAUAAUGGUCUCAACACCUGUUGCCCUUAGGAAAGGGGGCAAUGAAGUAGUUCUGACCAGCAUUCACACUGGAUGUGCCCAUUCUGGAGUCUUCCUCUGUUGUUACAGAUGUUAUUUAAUCAGUUGGGGCUGGGAGUGAAGGAUAUGUGACUCUACAGCAAAGGUAUUAGAUAACCCAUCUGCCUCCACUGUAGCCAGUGUGCUGCUGUAGCACAAAGAAACAAAACAAAGGUGCAGCGUAAGAGCAUACACAACCCGAGAUGCCCUUGGGAUCUGGGAUAAUGCGAGAGUGCCCUUUGUGUUGUGACCUGAUUCUUAAAAGAAAUCUUCUGAAAGAAUUCUUUAAUUUAGGAUUGAGUUGAAGUCCAGGGUAAUGGAAGCCCUGGGGAAGAGAACAAAAAGAUUGCAAAAUGUAUUCAGCACCCAAAAAUGCAAAACCAAAAAUCCCAUCAGAAUACUAGUUAGUUUGGCAAGAGGUACUUGGAGAAAUCUCUGGGCUUUUCCAUGGGUAGGGUUGAUAGACUUCCUUUUCAGUGAUUUCUGGCUGUGAGAAGCCUCUUAACUCACUAGAAAGGAACGUUAUUUAAAUGGCUAAUUUUGUGUCCCAGAAAGAGAAAUUUAAAAAAAAAAAGAAAGAAAAACAGGACACUAAAGACAGAACCAUGUGACUUGGUGACAAACAGAAGGCAGGGCGCACUAGAAUUUCAAUAGAUUCCCCAAUUCCAUGGAAGAAGCAAGGCCGCCCAACACCUCUCUGUCUGCAAUGAAGAGAGUGCCCAAGCUGAUCAGGCCACGGGGCUGCCGAGACUAGACACUACUUUCCAACUGGGAUGUCCACAGCUCUUUCUGUUUACACAAAGAAAAGGGCUGUUCUUCUAGGUGCCCAGGAAGUAAGACUGCAUGGGGCAAACUUUCAGAAGCAAUCUCUACCCAGUGUUCAGGUUGCAUAUGGAGACAGGAAGAGAAACAGAAGUGCCCUUGAUCUGGAGAAAAUAUUUUCCCAAGAGCCCUCUGUGUAGAGUUGCCAUGUCUGAACCGGCUUCAGCCUCCCCAGAGGAAAAGCUCUGGUGACUCAGUGUUCCUGCAAACAGAGACCGUGGAGAUCAGUUACCCAAAGCAUCAUUUCUGGAACUAGGUGUUAAAAUGAUUAGCCUGACCAAAAUACCCCAAAGAUUUUUCUAAGUCUCUGAACAUUGUUUUUUCUUGGACACUAAGUCCAUAGUAGUCAGUGGUGUACAUUAACAGAGUCCAGAAAACAGGAAUGCUAGGGUUUGUUGAUUUUUAGGGUGCACAGGUAGAGGAAGAGGGCUGUGUGGCACUGGUUCUUUUUCAGAACUAUGCAUUUCACUGAAGGAGGGGUGGCAAUACCCCAUGUUGAAACAAGGAACAUCACCUUUUCACACCACUAACUAAAACACCUGGACGCCAGUGUCUCUUCAGGCCCAGCCUAUUGCUCCAUAUACUGAAUACUUUCAGACUAAAAUCUAAUCUGAAGUGACCUCAGCUAAGGUAUUUUUACAAGAAGCCACUUGUAGUAAAGAGUGAUUGCCUUAAAUCAGAAAGCCCAGAGGAGAGGACAGAAGAUAGAGAAAUUGGAAGGGUGUGCAAACAUGGACAUUUCUUGCUUUUUAGUAGCUGCAUUAUCACAAAAAUGAGCCCUAUUCGUGACUAAUGGAAACAGUGGGUUUGGGAGGGGAGGCACCAAACUUGUCCAGAAUUGGCUGCUCUCAGGAAAUAGAUGCUAUUUCCUAUCCUAUUUCAGUAACAUAGCUCUAGCUCUGAGCUAGAGGUAAAAUAAACAUCAGAUUAGCUAAACAGUGAAUUCCAUAGGACAGGAUCACAGGUGUCUGGGGUUCCAUUCUGAAUCAUUAAUGGAGAACAAUCUCAACAAAACUUUCUUUCCUAUUCAGUGUAUAUCUCUAAACUUUUUUCUCAGUUUUAGUGAGCAUCUGGUUUAUCUGGUGGUUCUUUGUUAAGUGUAAACUCACAACUUUCGAGUCUUCAGUGAAGGAACCUACUCUGAGAUCGAAGGGGAAAUCUAGCCACAGUAAUAGGAGUCCCGGGUUUUGAGAUACCUGAUUAGGGCAUAAAAAGUCCCUACUAGCCCACUUUCAAAUUCAGAGGUUUCCUUGGUUCAAUCAAAAUGCCUCGAUGAGAUUCUGAUACACCCAAGACAGAAAAAAAAAUUAACCUCAUAGUAUACGUUUGUUUCUACUACUGUUGGAUCUGAAGUUCGUUAUUGCCCAGCAAAAUCAUUGCAGUUUAUAUGCAGAUUCUAGUACUGAAAGGGACUUAACCCCCCAGUUUGGCACAGCUGCUGGCCAACAUGUCUAUAGAUAAGUGUACAUUAUGCAUGUACACACCCAGUGUGGGAUGCUCUCAGUGCAAAAGUGUUCCAAAUUCACAGUCCCCAGCGACAAGGUAGAUCCUGGCACUUCCACUCUGUUGCCUUAGUUGGGUGUCACUGCCAUCCACUAUCUGUGACAAGGCUUUGGGGUGUUCUGCAGGAGCCCACCCAUCAGUAAUUUCUCUGAGAAACUUGAAUAAGCUUUUGUGGAGUCAAGUGCACUUAACCAACUCUGCACUUCUAUUGGAUUUACUGGUGUGUGUGAAUGUGUGUUUGUGUGGACACUUGUAGUCUGGGAGUGUGUGUGUGUGUCUCGAAGGAAGCACACACAGGAGUAGGUCCUGGUGCACAGACACAGUCUCUUCUUCCCACCAUUGUGCUCCAGACUUGUGGCUCUCUUCCCAGGAAGCAGUCACCUGCCCACUCUGUUGCUUUUUGUAGCGUUUCAGAGUUGGGAGAAACAAAGGCAGCUUGUUGGAUCCACAGCAAACCCACAGUGGCAGGCUGUUUUCCUCCAGAAGAAGGUAAAACAGAAGCACUCAACCAGCUAGUCAACAAGAGGGAGCGGCAGCCAGGGCACCUCCCCGGGUCUCCUGGGAGAAAGGGGCACUGAGGCCACGCAGGCAAGGCCCAUAGGAACUUUGGCCUGAGCCAUUCCGUGGCUUAAUGGCCUCCAUUUCUUUCCGCUAUGCAACCCAGCGUGUGCACACAAACACCCACCCACUUGUAUGUCCUACUCCCAAACUAAAGCUUCCUGACCCUGUCCGCCUCUGCAGGACAUCAUAAACUGUGUCUCCUGAAACCGAUGUGGCCUUUGCCAAAGUCUUUCCAGGAGUGGGUUGUUUACUAUGCCUAGCGAACCAAUAGACUCUUGGGGAAAUACUCUUUGGUGAUCUCUAAGAACUGAUGGCUCUCACCUAUCUCAAACGUUAAAGUAGGUAUACUAUUCUAUGUAAAUGGGCCUGGCUCUCAUAGCUGACUUUGAAGGGUGGCCUGGAAACAUUCAGUUUUCUCACUCCCAUGUCCUUUUACUAGAAGUUUUAUUAUUUUUUAUGACAUGUAGGUUACUUCUGCUAAUUUACAGAAUUCAGAGGACAUUUUCUUUCCUCUUCUAUUUUGGUGACUUUCCCCUCUUCCAUUAAGUAAGGCUACUUACAGUUGCAAUCUUUUCCUUGUUAUUAUUUUUUAAAAUGUAUAUUGUCUUUCUAUAUCCAAAAGAAUCUGUGACUGCAACCAUAGGUAUUUCUUUUUACUGGAAAAAAUGAGGUUUUUCUUUUUUAAUUAACAGUACUAGUGACUUUGUGGAAAAAUUUGAGUUACUAUUAAGGUAUGCUUACUUAAGUACAGUACACUACAUUGCAGUAUUUCUGAAAGCUAGAACAUACACAUUAUAACAACUGUAUAUUGAAAUAUAUAUUACAUUAUAUUCAUUUUAACUUUUGAAUCUGCCUAUGUUCAUGAGUUGAUUGAAAUAUUAUUUCUUUGCAUUUAUCACCCAUCACCAACCUGCUGCAGUUAAUCUGGUGCAUUUAAUAAUAAUCAUUACUGCUCUAGUUUGCUUUUUUAAUCAUUAGCUUCAGUAUUGUCUUUACAGGAUUUUAGGAUAUUUUUAAGCUCAGACUUAGCAAAUGUAGGAAAGUGAAAACUUUUUGUAAAAAAAAAAACAAAACCUUUUUUUUGGUGUGGCUAAUACAAAGAGGUUCAUAUUCAAAGUGAUGCUGUUAAGCUGACCCUCUCAAUAUCUGAAGAACAAAGAAGUGCAUAUGAAUGUGUCUGUGAUUUCCCCUCUAGGACUGUCACUGUCUAUAUUUGCUUUAGAAAACAUGGCCGAGAGCCUGCUUAAUCUCCACACGACCUGACCAACCGCUACAGGCUGCGCCUCAAAGGGCUGCUCAUCUGAAAGCAUCAGGCAGCGAGAUGCCUGGUUGUUCCUACUCUGUUUUCAAACAUUGAUUUUCAGGAUUGGUUCUUUACUAACUACUUUCUUUUUUCAGUAUGCUUACAAUUAUUUUAACUAGUCUUUAAUGCUUCCCUGGAGGCAGCUCGGCAGUGUAAUAUUCAUUUCCCUAGGAGAGUUUUUAAAAAAUAAAACCGGAGUUUGGGGAACUUUUCAUGACAGAGGCUAAGAGAAAUAUAUAUAAAAUUUUUUAGUCUGCAGGAUCAAUAAAAUAAGUGAUGGCGCAUGGGUACCUGGCCCUCAGUAUCUCCAGCUGUCUGUUAAGGUGUGGUUUUGGUUCCCUUCUCCUUUAACCAGGCCAUCAUGGAAACUUCAGAAAUUAGGCAUCUUGUCUUCCUAGCAAGAAAUAAUGUCAAAUACUGUUUUCAGAAAAAGACCUCUCUCAUCUUCCUUCAGCCAUUCAGACCAAUGUCUUGGGAAACUGCCCAAGUGGAUAAACUUUACGUCCAUCCUGGGUGCCUGAAACCCGUCUCAUUCUCUCCCUCCUGUUUUCAUGAUAGAACGAAAAUAGCUGUUCAUACUACUCAGCGUGGAAGCCUUUCCCACACUGGACCAAUAUUAAGGCUUCUCAGUGUGAAGAACACCAGUUUCUUCCUUUUGUCUUUCCUGGUGUAUUCUUAUUUUCAAGCCUCACCCCAUUCUGCAGUGCCCCUGCAACACAUGCUUCCCCGCCCCUGCCCCUGCACUUUCCUCAGUGCGCCCUGUUCUGGAGCCCGGCACUCAGGAAGGAGCUGCCUGCUCUAGACUACUUUGAAGGAGCUAACAUGGAGUCUGAUAGCAAAAUUCUCAAUCUGUUUUUCCAAAAUUUUCAACGAAAUCUAUUUCUACUAGACAACAUAUACAUAAAUUGAGAGUUAGGGAAGCUGUGUCCUUUUCCAAUGAUCACAUAAUAACCAAAUUGUGUUCACGCCAUUACUUCCCUCACCUUUUCUCUUCAUUUCUUGUUUCUCUGUAAGACUACUUUAAAUCGCCUGUUUCUACCACCUUGCCAAGAACUCUAAUAAUUAUGACACCUGAGCACCCAUUUCCCUUCCCUUCCCCUACCCCGCUGUAAAUGUCCUUCUUUAAGCUUUAUACUUGAAGAGCAUUGACGUGAGUUCAUCAACUUGAGACUCGUAGGCAGAGUGAAGCACAUCUUCACAGCACCUUCGGGUUCUAAAAGUUAUCAAUAUUCUUUCAGAGUAGGAGGACCUGAGUCAUAGUUUUAAAUGUCAACUGUACUAGCUGAGGUCAUUAAUUCCUUUCACCUUCACAUUUGGCCAAAGAUAAAGAGAAAAAUAUUUUCUGUUUUUUUUCUUUAAAUACCACAGUGUUCAAUUCCUGAUAUGAGUGCACCAUAUCUGAGGGAGAAAAAAAAUAAUGUUAACUAUUUUAACACCUGCUCAUAUUUAGCCAAAUUACCAGAGACUACAUUUACAGAAAUCUAGCAAAAGGGCUAACAUUUCAAAAUAAUUUGGAUAACUGCUCAAGCCUUAGUGAGCUCUUCUAAAAUAAGUAAAACACAUUGUAGGAGACAAUUAGGAACUUUUGUCAUUUGUUAUCUUUUGGAAAAAACAAAUAAUUAUUAAUUGGUUAGAACUUUAAGCAGUAAUGUACUAAGACAUUGAAAGAUUCAAAACUUUUCUAAAGUAUCUACUUUGUAACCAGCUAUUUUUAAACAUAAACUUAAUGUAUGUUUAAAUGAAAUACUAGGGACUGACUAGAUCCUGUGUGAUACACCCCCCAGUUCCUAAACUCUUACCGUAUAAUUCGGUCCUUGUGCUAGAUCUCGUUUCUCCAGAGUGUGGCCCCAAAGACAGUGCUGUUCUGGGUGUGGCAUCUGCAUUAGUCUAGGUUAAUGUCUAAAUCCUCCUUAAUAUCCUAGAGAGUCCAGGGUGUGGAUUUCUUAUUGCUUAUGAGCCUCCUGCUUUCCCAAGCUGACACCUAUCAAGAGCACCAAUAGCCCUCACAGUAACUAAUGCAGCAAAAGAAUGGUCAGAAACAUUAUCAUAUAGAUUUGGGAGGAUUGGAAGGAAUUUCUUUUUUUUUCCUUGUAAAAAGCUUGCUUCCUCCCCCAAACCCCACCACAAUGCAUUUCAGAAAGUCUGCAUCUCAUUUUACAGAUCUGUAGUUUUAGUAUUUACAAAUAUAGCUUAGGAAAUCUAAUGAGAUUGAGGCUGGUAGCAGACCAGUUUAUUUUCUGCACUGGACUUUAGGACAAGUGUGACAGAUGCAAUUCCUUUAAAGAAAGUGAAACUAACAUAGUAAAGCCAAGGGAUAAUACUUUUACACAUUAAAACAGUUGUUUGCUAUCUAUAAACCUUGAUUUAAGCAUAAUUACUAUUUUUUAGAAAUAUGAAACUGGAGGAAUGUGUAUUUCAGUAAAGUUUGUCUGUUAAUUUAUUUGUUUACCUUUAUCUCUUUCUUCUCAAGAUAGUAAAGAUUUGGAUUCUUUAAUUUGGUGGCCGUAAGCAGCAGUUGGGUAACUGCAGGCCCUCUCCAUACUCCUCUCCCUCUUGCAGUGAAAAAGCCUUCCAUCCUACCAUUUAAGGAGUCUUUUCUCCAUGAAAAUCUUAUCUUUCUUUUCUAGUAGCCACGUGAGAGCUUUGCAGAGAGAAAGUCUCUCUGCACUUUCAGGGUAGAAUAGUUAAAAUAACUGUUCCUUGAAAAAGACACCCCAUUUACCUAAACUAACAGGUCUUGGGCCAAAGAAUAGGAGUUGACUGCAGGUGAAGGUCAUUUAUUUUACACUACAUAUCUUAUCAUCUCCUCAAAUUUUAGAAACACGGCUGGGAAUAAGUUAAUUUAAUGAGAAUUCUCUUUGGGUGUGUCUUGUUAAUAUCUAGUGCGGAAUACCCAGAAAAGGAAAAAGAAAAAAAGAAUUGCUGCUAAAAUCCAUUAAUCUAUACCUUUCUGUGUCCAUGAGGUCUUCAAUAGAAAAAUGCCCUCCCUCCACUGCUUCUCACCUCUCCCACCUGGCACUGCAGGUGCAAGGGGCCGAGGGAGACUGGCCCAGACUGGAGAGUGCUCCACCAACCACACACCCCCACACAAGCAGGACAGGCCCAAGUAGAAACUUUUAUUUUUAAAGGAAAAUUGUAGUGUUUCAUUUGAAAGCAUACUGCUUUCAACUCAGCUCAAUUUACAGAUAGCCUGGCAACCUUUUUAUAACAUGUGUUUUGUGCUAUAAUUUGUGUUCUUAGCUCAAUCUUAAAAAUAAUUGCCAUUUCAAUUAAAUGAACAGAGGAAAAGCGAGAGGGAAACAGGGCAAUGCGAUGGGACUAAAUCUGAUACAGUUGUGGUUACCAGAGACAGUUAACACCAUUCACCCGUCGCCAUUCUUGCCCACCUCUCACUAUUACAGUCCCAAGAAUUAGUAAGAUAACCUCUCUUCUUUGUGAUUUGAGACUUCUCUUCAUACUGUCAAACCCCUGUUGAGAAGUUGUGGAAACCCUUGACUGCUCCAGAUCUAACCUGCCUCGAGGGGACAUGCAGAGAGACAACUGAAAAUAAACCAGUGGUUCAGAUUUGAUACCAGAUUCAGGCAUAACUGGAAGUGCUUUGUGCAUGUCCACUGCCAGGGGGUCUUUGAAAAAUAAGGCUGGUUGCUCAGCAUCUGCCCUCCUUGGGACAAACUUUGGUUUGGAACCAUCUGUAUGUCCACUUGUAGGAGAAAAUGGUCUAGGACAUGGUCGGCAGUGAAGCUCCUUCCUUCAUCCCAUGGAUUUGAACCUCAGAUUUCCGGUGGGGGGGGGCUCUUAAGAUAUAAACUAACCGUAACUUUCAUAUAUCUUAUUAUUAAAUUUUUUUGCACUAUUGUUAAAAGAACUGUGGUUUUCAGAGUACGUGAAAGCAGACUAUCUUAGUAAUCUUCAUCAUAGCAAACAAAGGCAAAAAGUUGACAGAAUCGAGAGUAUCUAAGUAAUUUGAGUGUGCCCAACCCACUAUGCCAAACACUUCUGUUUAUAUAAUCUGUUCUAAACUAUAUAGUCAUUCUCCUGAGGCUUCCAGCAUGUGUGCGUGUGUGUGCGUGUGUGUGUGUGUGUGUGUGUGUGUGUGUGAGAGAGAGAGAGAGAGAGAGAGAGAGAGAGAGAGAGAGAGAGAGAGAGAAGACAGCAGAUUCAUAUUUGGAGAGUGGAGACCCAGACAAACUUACUCUUGAGGAUUCCCAAAUGCACAGCAUUUCUCCAGAAUCAGUACUGCCAUAUCCUAAACUAAUUCCAGAUUAAUCUUAAGUGAGAAGUAAGCUCCCUAAGAUAUCCUACUAUGAAUGUUUUUUCUUACAGAAUAAUACAAUAAAAGGUACAAUGCAGACUCUUUAAUAAUUUGCUUUUAUAUUUAGUAACUACACUUUUCAUGUGAGUGUGUCAUUGAGCUAUUUGUACCAAUUUUCAACCUAUCAUCCUAAGAGGGGCCUUGAUAAUUUUUGUGUAUGUGUAUUUAGAUGUAUUUAUGUGUAUUCAGAAAAAAAGUGAAUAGGAGAAGAAUGAGGCAAGGGAGAGGGUGGUCAAGUGAAGAAGUGAGUGUCCCUCCUGCCCCUAUUUAUGUUAGGUGAAGCGGCUGCUGUCCGAGGCCUUGGAGGAAGCGCUGAUUGCACUAUUCCACAAUAAGAGCCUGGCACUGUUAAAUUUAGGACCACAUUUUUGAGAAACAGGAAUGCUUUGUCUUUUCCUGUAUCCAUUCCCUUUAGCAUCAGAGCCAUUUGACAUGAUGAAAACCAUUCAAUAAAACCACUACUGACCUUUGCAUUAAGUAGUUAUUUUCCUUUUCUAAAUAGUACCCUUGUUUUCAACUCGACUGCUUCCCUUUGUUUUCUGCCAAUUGGUGUAACGGUUCACAGAACAAUGCAUAGGUGCAUGUGAGUUGUUUCUCUCCCCUGAGCUGAAACAAACAGAGGCAGCAAAAGAGAUGACUCACAGAGGUGUAAGGUGGAGACUGAAUUUCCCACUUUUGUGGCACUGGUAACCUUUAGUAAGAGCUGUUCAGGGUUGAGCUUGGGUCUGUUGUGAUAGGGCUUUUUUCUUUUUCUUUUUUUUUUUGCACUAAAUAUGACUGCACUGCAUUGCACUACUGAAAUGUAUUUACUUGUGCUGGGAGAGAGUGUGUGAGGUAUGACAAAGAAAGAAACAAGUUAUGAAACUAGAAGUAUCACAAAAAUGGAGAGUUAUUUCCAUCGUGAUUGGUCUUAGUGGGGUUGGUGAAAAUCUGUGGAAUCUGCCAAUUCUUAAUAAGGCCUAGAAACUGCCAUGCUGACGGGAUCUGUUUCCUUAUUAUCGGGAAGCUGGGUUAGUGUAGUAAACAUAAGAUGUUUAAGAGAAAUUUGGCCAAUGUCAUCUCCAACUGAACUCUCAGUAAGAGCUGCAGUGGUAAGGAAGCCAGCCGCAGAGGUGGGAAAACCUUCACUUUGGCCUGCCCACCAGACCCCUUGCUGAUGCAUAUUCCAGUGUGGCAGAGUGCAGUGGUAAUGUCCCCCUUUCAAAAAAUAAACCAAACCUGUAGUGAUGUCCACAUUGGAGAGACCCUUUCAGCCUGAGCAUACUUUCCAUCCGUGGGUAAAACCUAGUUCAAGCUAACCAAAGAGGAAGGCUAUGCAUGUGGUAAAAACCCUUUAAGAUGACAGUAAGGGAACAGUGCAAUAAACACAGAAAACCAGUGAGGUGAGAAGCUUAUUUUGAAACAUGCUAAGCCAACUUUGAAAUUGGAGGAAAGGGUUGGAGGAUUGAACAGAACCUACUUACUAGCUGCUCUGGUGUAGACUAUCCUUUAUUAAGCAGAAGACCUCCACAGUGCCUAAAAGUUUAAUUUGAAGUUGUUGGUUUCUUCAAUUUUUUAAUUGGAUUUAUUUUUAUUGCCUUGUUUAAUCUUAGAAAUAAUUAGAGGUUAUGGCUCUGUAGUGUCCAUUAAUAAUCUUACAUCACAAGAAAAACAAUAGGUUGUAUAGGGAAUAAUAACACGAGGGGGAAAAUGCUGAAGACUCUUCCAGAAUCCAAGGUGACAGCUCUGAUGAUUCUGGCUAUCGCAUGUGGAGGUAUCAAUUUAGAGAUCGCUCAGUGGAGGCCUCUUUACUAAGUUUAUAACAUUGAUGCCUAUCUCUUCCUCUCUCCUCCUUAAAGCUCCAUCCAAGUCUACUAUCCCAAAGUAAAAAAAAAAAAAAAAAUUAAGGAAGCUGUCAGCCCUGCUAGUUGGGAAAACUCCAUUUAGAGCUUUCAGAACUAACAUAACCAACCCCUUAAAUAUUCAAAGCAUUAGCUCCAUUUUAAAUAAGAAGCUCUAAAUUCAGAGCUCUUAACAGGUACUUAGAGAUGUGCAUUGGGUGGGCACCAAACAGAUACUGACCGCAGCAAACCAAAGUUAUAGAAAGAAAUAAUUGACUAUGUACACAAUAUAUUCACAUUGAUUGUCCUAGGACACUUCUCUGGAGACUUUGGGAAAACAACUUCUUCCUUGAAACUUGCAUACCCACUGCAGUUUUCUCACCAAAGAUUUGAAUCUCUAGAGCCUGACCUCCUCUCUCCCAGACAAAAGUAAUGCAACGAGCUCAAGAGAUACGCCUUGGUGGUGAAGGAAUGACGCUUUGCUUUUCAUUCAGUUUAUAGUGACAUUUACAGGAGAUUUGUUAGUGGAGGAGCUACUGAACUGUCUUUAAGACUUAGGGUUUGGUCAGAGGUUGAGAAAACAGGAAAAUAAUAAACAGCAGUACUUGACACUGUAAUCUAGUAAAAAUAGAGUCAUGACCUGGACACUGAUGGAGAAAAAGAAACUUCCGUGGAAGAGAGUGAGCUGAGUCAUUUUAGAACCAAACGAGGGUCACUAGUGAGACACGGGGCCACACGGACCCAGAGCACAUCAGUGCUCUUCACGGCCAGAGCCAACCUCAGCGGCCAGUGCGGAGUCAGAGAGCUGGCCCAUGAAUUCAAGUGUUAAAAAGGCCAGUCUGGGUUUCAUUGUGGUUGUGAGAGUGGUUAAAAUGCCCAUGCUCAUGACAAGGCAAAUGCUGAGGCUGAUCUGUUGUGAUAGUGCCUUUCUUGUUAUAGUGAGUACUAUAUUACUAAUUUGUUCAGUUAUGCUUUUCUGGAUCAUUGCCCCCAGUCUUCUGAGGAGGUCUGAAGGGAUAGUGUUCUCGUAGGAUGAAGGGAUAGGAUAUUGCUCCUGGAAUGCUGUGAUUUGAUGAUAUUUGCACUAGAUUCUAAACUCUACUUUAAACUGGAGCAACUGAAUGAGAGAAAAACCAAGGAUGGUUUGAGGUUAGAAGAAACCAAAAACAGUAUUUUCUGACUGAUGCCAUUUCUUUUUCUUCUUCCAUUUUUUUCCUGAAAGAAAAACUUUAUACUUGUUGAUUAACCAAGCUCAACUCUUACCCAUUCUUGUCCUUCAUAUUCUUUUUCCCACACUGAAAUAUCAGUAUGACCAACUGUCGGGUAGGAAAGGCUAAUGUAAAGAGCCUCUGUCAGUACAACUUCGCAUCUCUCUUCUGCCUCGUCAGGGGCCUGGAAUGUGGGGGCAGGGAACCUCCAGAGGCACGUAACCCUCAGGAACGUCAGUGAGCCUGGAUAUCAGAUUGAGAGUUAAGCUGACACAUGUUUUCUUAGAGGACACUGGGGCCUGUAGUGAAUCCUAAAGGAUGCCCAGAACGAGAAAGAAAACAAUUAUUGAAAACAAAGGGAGGUGAAGAUGUUGCCCGAAGUUUGCCUAUUGCAACUUUCUCUUCUCUUUCCCACCUCACUGCCAUGUCCUAUCAGAAUUAUAUUUCAUCUCAUAUAUUUUAUGUCAACAAAAGAAUUAUUUGGUUCCUUGGUUUCCCUCUUUAUUGGUGGGCUGGGAACUCCUCCGAAAUUAAAAACAGAUACCAUCAGCUGCUCCCCUGUGGCCAAACAGUUUCUCAAAUGCUGUCCAUCUGGUCUUGACCGGUCAACUAAGAUAACUUGGAAGCUUUGGCUGGCUCAACCACCUGUCCACUUUAUUUUUGUUUUGUUUCCAUUUCUGUUUGAAUUUCAAGUGAUCCUAUGAAAAGGUGGAAAUCAUGGGUAAGGCUUGAAGGCUGCAGUUUUAGGGUAUAGCUUAUCAGGAGUUUGUAUGAUCCAAAAUACAUCUUUCUACACCUGUUUUCAGUUUAAUCCAUUGCCCUGAUUAUAAUUUCUAUAUAUUUGUGGUUAUUUUUAUAAGACUAGAGUCCACUUGCUAUGUCUGUUUGAGUACUUUUUUCUAUUUUCCCCGUGUGGAUGCAGUACCAACCUGUUCAUGAAAUAUCUUAUUAUUAUAUUAUUAAUAUGUAAUUCUACUGUAGACCAAAAAUAUAAAAACAAAUUUGUUCAUUUUAGAGAUGUAAAGAACUAGUGAGUGAAAGAUUCAGAGUUGAAGGAAAAGACAGAAAAGCAGUGGUUAACUAUGUCGAGUUAGAAAUCUAAGAGUAGCCUUACCUAUUUUUUAACCAGUGCUUGCCAAUCAUACCAUAGUUGAGAUUGUAUAGUCUUGGCUCCUUCAUUCUUGUGCUCUAUAAUUCUUGUUUGUCUGUUUGUUUUUCUUUUAUGUAAUUGAGGUUGCACAUCAUGCUAUUUUUGGAAAUGCCUGAUUUUAUUAUAUUGUACUUUUAUCAGUCAUUUUCUUUAGAAGGAUGGGGGAAAGUUUUAUUUCUUCUUUUAAUUUAAAAUUUGUUGAAUGCACUGGAAAUAAAAUUGGACACAUUUCACUGUUUAAAAAAUCAGAAACAAAACAAAACAAAAACCACAAAGAAAAAACCAGCAACCCAAUAAGCGACAGGGAAAAAAGGUAUGAAAAAAAUCAACUUGUACCAAAUACACAUACAACAUAUAUCCCACACAAAAGAGAAAUACCAUCAAAUAAGAAAAAUAUUUAAGCUACAAUGCCGAAAACAGAAAAGAAACCUGGCUUCAACAGGGAAGAUUCCUCUCAAAGAGCAUGCCUUUGAGAUCUGAGAGCCUGUCAUUGUCCCAGUUAAUGAUGCCCAAUCCCAGUAAAUGUGGGACAGGCGACUGUGGAGGAAGUCACUUUGACCUUCCUCAUCCACCGGAGCUCUCCAUCACCUUGUAUCCCAUGCUUGAGCUCCAUUUUGAGAGACAAAAAAAAAAAGAUGUGCUGUGGUUGAGAAAGUGGCUUGUAUAGAGGUAUGCAUGCUGCACACAUGGACAGAGCUUAGGGCUCUGCCCAGGUACUGCCUCACGGGAUUCUUUUCUCCGUGGCGAUUUGCAGCGGAUAGGCCUGCAGCGUGGGAGGCUGUCAAUGACGUGUACAUCAUCAGCUGUUGCUAAACAGCCUCUUGACUCCAACCUGAUCUGGCCUCUUCAGCAGCCCCAGAUACCAGCAGAGCCAGUGCACCCAUACACAGGCACAGGAAAUGCAAAGGCAGAGAUAGUUUUCCUAGCCAACUGGCUGUGUCAUUUGCUCAGUGUUUGCUGGGGUUUUCUGGUUUUGUUUUGUUUUAGAGUAGGGGUGGGAGUGGAUGUAACUUUACAAUCUUAAUACAGUAAUUGUUUUGCAUCUUCCAUGUUUUAUGCAAAAACAGACAUUUAAAUCAAUAAAUAAUUGUGCCCUAGACUGAAAGUUAAUGUUUAGGAGAGGAAAAAAAUUGUUGGAAUUUUUUCUACAUUUUUUUGUGAAGAAUCUUUUUUGGAAAGGAAGGAUACAUAUUUUUGUUGUGUAAUAUUUUCUAUUUUUGAAUGCAUUUUAUUGGUACAAGACUGUUUUUUUGGUGAAGACAUUAUUUAAAAAAGAAAAAAAAGAAAAAAACUAAUUGAAAAGUUUGCCCUUAAGGAUAUGCUGCAGUUUUGAGGUUAAAAAAAAAUAACUGAUUCAAGAUGCGUGUUUAAAGUUGGGAUUAUAUUGUUGUUUUUUGUAAUUGUUACAAGAAGAAGUUUGUACCCACUGCUGUUUAUUUUGUUUCAGAUGAGUAAGUAAAGGGAUUGUUCUUGUUUUAUUCUUUUUUUAGAGAAAAAAAUGCUAUUUAUGAAAUGUCAAAAACACUGGACUGUGAGUUUAAGUGUGGAAGCAUUUUACCACCCUGUGUCUUCAACCGAUUAUGGGAACCCCUUUUCUCUUCCUCCCACCUUAGCCUUGCCAAAUGAGAAAAAAAUAUAACAGCAGUCAGAUGAUUGAAGCCACUGAAGCCCUGCUUUAAUUGUUAUGGUUUGAGGAAGUCAGAAAACCAAAGUUAAAUUUGUUUCAGAAAUCCCACUGUCUGUAGCCCUUUUUGUAUGACACAGCCCGUUGCUCUGCCUCACCGUCUUGGACCAGUGCCUUCCAAAGGACUGGGGCCAACUCCGGUUCAGAGAGAGGCUAAAAGGUGGUGAGCCUGGAAGUUGAGGCCUUACGAAGCAAAUGUGAAUGAGACUUCAACCUCUCAGUGGGCAACCACGCUUUACCAUCCUGUGGUGAGGCUGCCCAGAGCACGCUGCUUACGGGGCGCCUGAGGAGAGAGCUUCUCCUAGCUACUAAGAGUCUCCUGUUAACUAACCAUCGCUCUCCGGAAGGGCUUUGCCUUUGUCGGCAGCCCACAAGCCAAGGCUGGGAUAGGGGCAGAGGGAUUCAGCUGAAAGAAAUGGCUGUUCGAGCUGUGAAGGCACGCCCUGCCCGGAGGAAGGUAGGGCAAGGGGCGCCUGCCUCCUCUCUGAUUCUGUAGAUUGUCCAUCUGCUCACUGUGAAGACGGACAGGCAGAGUGCCCUCAGGCUGUUCAAUAGCUUUUCCAUAUGUUUUCAACAUUUAAAAAAUAAUCUUUAAAAACUGUGAUUUUAAAAAAAUCAUUUGGCUGGAGGGAAGGGAAAAGGGAAACACCAAAAGCUGUAACAUGAUUAACUGGAGAUAUUUAACUGGGGGCACUUUCUAGACCAAGACAAAUGAAUUCCAUUCUGGACCCCAAAGCAGCCAAAUCUCGAGACUGUCAAUGACAGAAAGCUGAAGAGAGGCCUCCAUUUCCUCCUUUCUUCCUUCUUCUCUCUGUCUCAAAAUUCUCUUGUUCUCCUUUCCCAGCCUCCUUUGGACUGCUGCCCCAGUGGCCCUUGGACUCCCAUUUCGUGUGUGCACACAUGUGCACACACCCCCACACACACCAACUUGCAAAACACCAUUUUUCUGGGACCGAAUAAAAUCAUGUGCCUUCAUUUUUUCCUUUUAUAGUUAGGUGAACCUUUUCAUUUUUACAGUGUAUUAAAAAAUAGGGGAGGUUGAAGUGUUGGAGGACUUGAGCAUCAUUUGAGAAGUAAUUUUUGUCUAGCACAUUCCCCCUAAACAUUGAACACAAACAUUUCAACCCCUUCAUGACUUUCUGAACAUUUAGAAUAUCACGUAACUAGAUACAUAACAGCCUAAACCCAUUUGAUCUUAGAGCAAUUCCUGAAAAUUCUAUUUCAUACACUUCUUUGAUCUUUUUCAAAAAUGAGGUGAACAAUGGCAAGCAGCCUUGUUCCCCCGAUCUGGUGCUUUUGCGUGUGGCGUGGGGUGGGGUGGGGGUGCAUUCCUACAGGUCUCCGGUGCUGAAGGGCCUCAAGUUCCUUUCAGAGACAGCAUUGGACACACUUUAGGUACACACAGAUGACUGGUAUCACAUGCAAUACUUUAAUGGAGCAAUGGGAGCGGCUCUUUGAAAUGGGGUUUUGCGUCUUUUUGUAACAUUUUGAUUUCUCUGGUGCCUUAUUCCUAAUCAGUGCUGGCACUCACAUACCCACAGGGAACUGACAGGAAGUCAGCCUCGAGAGAGGGGACGCAUGGGCGAUGCUUGAACGUGCGGGCACAUGGGCAGCUUGGUGUCAGUUGGUGGGGAGGAGAUAAGAUGGUGUCCCUUAGCUGAAGCCAAGCAGGAACUGCACAAAUCCAUACAAAGUUGACAAUUCCAACCUGUAAACGCACCGCAAACUCAUCCUUCCUCAUCUGAGCUUUCCUUCCUUCUUCCUCUUCUAUCUCCGCCUUCUCCUAAAGGUGCUGCUGCUGCUGCUGCUGCUGCUAAGGUGCCGGAGUCCAGAAUGCCCAGUAAUCACUCAGGCACGAGCCUGGCACUGCCACGUCAGCCCCUGGCACGACCAAACCCAGGUUUCUCUUGUUUGGGGCUGAGAACCGUCAGAUUUUUCUCAUCAAAAGUGUUUUCCAAGGAAUCAGUGGAUUACAGCUAUUCUGCAUUGAAAAUGCACUUUAAAAAAUGAAUAGAAGCUCCAUACUGUUUAAAAUGGGCAGAGGGAGCAGGGGAAAGAUAAACGCGUGCUAGUGUCUGAACCCAGUUCAGUUUAUCUCCAGUUGAAACAAUAUACACUAUAAUAUGUAUAAAUGUAUACACACCUCUUAUACAUAUCCAUAUAUAUAGUGUAUAUAUUAUACAUGUAUAGGUGUGUAUAUGUGCAUCUAUACACAUGUGCACACAACAAGAUCAGAUGCUCAUUACAAAUCCAGAUGCUCAUACAAACCCAGAUGCUACACAAACAGCAGCAGAGGAAACAAGGUUGGACUCUUGCAACAGAUCACAAAAAAUAAAAACAGCUACUUGCAGUGACUUCGGUCAUUUCUUUGUGUUCACAAGGAAUGGAUUGUAACAGAUUAAAAAAGGAACAGUGUUAGUGAAAGAGGAAAAGUGGGCGAAACCAUCUUGAUCCAAUGGGAAUGCAGUAAUGUUCUAUACCAUUUCGUGUUACUUCCUUUAGUCAUGUUGAUUUGAUUUCAGUUUUUGGCUAUUAAAUAAAUUUUUAAACUCAAGUGACCCACAACAAACUGAAUAAAACAACUACAGUGAAAGCCCUUUUCAAGGAAGAUGUCAGUAAUCUCAAAACCCUUGGCCUGGCUCAGAACUACCAUGUGCAAAUCAGUACUCUUAAUGUUUGAAAUAAAAACUGAAAAAAAAAAAACUUUUUUGAAGCACCUUAAUGUGGCCAUCCAUUCGAGGAGUGGGUGCCACUUUUUUCUUUGAGCACCUUAUUGACAUGUUUUGCUAUCUGCUGUCUUUCUGUUACCUGUUGGCUGAAUGGCUAGCUGUUAACACACACGUGCGCUCAGACCAGGCGUCUGGGCACGUGUGGUCUCGAUGAAGUUUACUGUGGUGACUGCUGGAAGGUGAACCUGUUUCCUGAUUUUCCUGCCACAGUGUUGUGAUAAGAUUCGAAGAAACCCUAUUUCCUGCACAGAAAUGUUUCUUAUCACAGUGUAUCUUCAUAUGGAAAGGAAUGUGGUCCCUUUUUUGCAAUUGCUACUGUACACACACACACACACACACACACACAAAAAAAAAAUGUAUCCAUUCAUCCAAGUGGUAUUUUCAAAGUCUGUGUGGGUGUCGCUGUUUAUGCAGUUUCUAUUUCCCAGUGAAUUUUGAAGGGAGGGCAACUUUUGUAACCAGAUCUUUUGUUCAGACAGAAGACCCGGGAAUUGGGGAGGAGUUUGGAAAGAGGGGGAGGCAAGGAAAAAGAGAGCUUUGAAUCAAAAAAGUAAUUUCCCAAGAGGAACUUGGGCUCAAUGACUUCAGAGACUAUAGCCUCCGACCCUUGCAGGUGGGCAUGGAACACUGCUCCCACCAGUCCGUGUGCCGUAGAACCCCUGUAAACACAAGCACACACCCACCCAUCAGCAUACACGUGGUUUGGGAUGAGCAGGUCAAUAGUUUUGAGAGGGAGUUUGUUCCUUUUUUUUUCCUCAUUAUACUCUUAAAUUGUUGUCAGUUAUCAAACAAAAAGUUGUUUUGAAAAACCUUGCAUACGCCUUUUCUAUCAAGUGCUUUAAAAUAUAGACUAAAUACACACAUCCUGCCAGUUUUUUCUUACAGUGACAGUAUCCUUACCUGCCAUUUAAUAUUAGCCUCGUAUUUUUCUCACGUAUAUUUACCUGUGACUUGUAUUUGUUAUUUAAACAGGAAAAAAACAUUCAAAAAAAGAAAAAUUAACUGUAGCGCUUCAUUAUACUAUUAUAUUAUUAUUAUUGUGACAUUUUGGAAUACUGUGAAGUUUUAUCUCUUGCAUAUACUUUAUACAGAAGUAUUACGCCUUAAAAAUACGAAAAUAAAUUUUACAAGGUUUCUGUUUUGUGUGGAAGAGUAAUUGAUGUUGCUAAGAAUGAUGUUUGUUUUUUGGGGUUUUUGUUGUUUUUUUUAAAUGUUACCAGCACUUUUUUUGUAAGUUUCACUUUCCGAGGUAUUGUACAAGUUCACACUGUUUGUGAAGUUUGAAUAUGAAGGAAUAAUUAAAAAAAAAACUCUUCUCUUGGUU